GCAACGCAACGACAAACCACCGAUCUCCCAGCCCCCCUUUACCUCUUCUGUCUCUUCUUCCCUCCGCCGCGGCGCCGCCCGCCACGCCACCCGCGUAUCCAUCCACCACCGUUCCCGCGAUGGCCGCCGGCAUACUCAACACGCAGCCCCGCCUCUGCUAAUCACGGAUGAUUUUCUGUUAACUUCCUGCCACUCGCAUCGUCUGGCCGGAGGGAGAGGAGAUGGACACCGGCGUGGGUCUCCGGCCGAGGCCCCGUGCAGCAUGGGCCGUACGACGGAAGCCGCAGGGAUUCCCUCCGGCGACAGUGCCGGCGGCGAGGCUUGAUCAGAAUCCGGCGCGGCGGCCGCUGGUCCUGCGCCCCGAUGCGGGGAGCCGGAGCACCGAUGCCAUCCGUGGCGCCAGCCUCAAGGGCCUGUGCUGCCACAAAUCGGCAGGAGACACGAGUAACCAAGGUACUGAGAAAGUCCACUAUUCUGCUGAUGAUGCUCUCCUACUAAAGCAAAAAGCAGAGGACGUGCUCCCUUACCUGAAUGACCGAUGUGUUUAUCUAGUUGGAAUGAUGGGUUCCGGCAAAACUACAGUUGGGAAGAUAAUAGCUGAAGUACUAGGCUAUUCAUUCUUUGACAGUGAUAAGCUGGUUGAGCAGUCUGUUGGCAUACCGUCGGUCGCUGAGAUUUUUCAGGUCCACAGUGAAGCAUUCUUCAGAGAUAACGAGAGUGAGGUACUAAGGGAUUUGUCGUCAAUGCACCGAUUAAUUGUUGCAACAGGAGGUGGUGCGGUGAUACGACCAAUCAAUUGGAGUUAUAUGAAGAAAGGACUCACUAUUUGGUUAGAUGUUCCAUUGGAUGCCCUUGCAAGAAGGAUUGCUGCGGUGGGUACUGCAUCACGACCCCUCCUGCAUCAGGAAUCUGGUGAUCCUUAUGCAAAGGCCUAUGCCAAACUUACAGCACUUUUUGAACAAAGAAUGGACUCAUAUGCUAAUGCUGAUGCUCGAGUUUCCCUUGAGAAUAUUGCAUUCAAACAAGGACAUAAUGAUGUGAAUGUACUUACACCAAGUGCCAUCGCUAUUGAGGCAUUGCUAAAGAUGGAGAGCUUUCUUACUGAGAAGGCCAUGGUCAGAAACUGACCAAAUCUCGGUGGUUA